AAAGUUCUCACACAGAGGUUAGCCAAACAAAUUUCUACUACCUACCCUCCUAUCUGCCCGUUACACAAUUAGGACACCUUACAUGCAUUAAUACAUUCUUCCUCAAUUUCCCGAUCUUUAUCGCAUGUCUGGAACCUCGAGUCUCUGAUCCAGGUGGAACUCUACAUCAAAAAGAUAAUUCCUUUUUCGUCAUUGAAAAUUUUGCAUAAAAAUUUCAUUUCUUUAUUGCAGAAUUAAUUCUUGAUGGAAUUCUUUCAGAAAUCCAAAUCUGUUAGGCUCAAGAGCCACCAUGAGAAAUUCUUACAUGCUGAUCCUGAUCAAGAAACCGUAUACCAAGAUCGCAGUGGAUCUUCAAAAUCCGCAAAAUGGACUGUCGAAUUUCCUGAAGGAUUCGACAAUGUGAUCCGAUUAAAAAGCUGUUAUGGCAAAUACCUUACAGCCUCAGAUGAACAAUUUUUAUUUGGUGUAACAGGUCAAAAAGUUAUACAAAGUUUGCCAAGUAAAUUGGAUUCAUUAGUUGAAUGGGAACCAAUGAAAGAAGGAUCUGUAGUAAAGCUGAAAACUAGAUAUGGGAAUUAUUUAAGGGCAAAUAGUGGAUUACCACCUUGGAGAAAUUCAGUUACACAUGAUAUACCUCAUAGACAUCAAGAUUGGAUCUUAUGGGAAGUUGAUACUGUUGAGGAACUUCCAGAAUCGAACGAUGAAAGCAUUUCGAGAUCGGAAUCAGUGGGUGAUGAUUUGAGCUCAUCUUUUCAUCUUACAACUGCUAAAUUCUCCAGGACUCAGUCCUCGGUGAAGUCCGAAGGUAGGCUUAUCAAUUAUUAUGUGGCGGAUGAAAAUGGAAAUGUGAAUGAUUCAGUGGAAGGGCCUUCAUUUCAGUUCAAAGGGCAUGGAUUAGAGGAACUGACUCAAAAGUUGGAAGAAGAAACAGGGCUCGAGAAGAUUGUUGUUUGUUCUAGGAACAAAUUUAAUGGGAAUUUAUAUCCUCUCCGUUUAGCAUUACCUCCAAACAAUGCAACUAUGAAUGUUGUUGUAAUACCUGCAUCGUCUAAAGUGGCAAAAGAACUGAUGGCAGACGUUCCCACAUCCAAAUGGUCGGUGUUGAAGACUCUAUCGUGAAACAUUAUUCCUGUCAACUAGAAAGUAUAUUCUAAAUCUUCCCGAGAACCAGAGGCGGAUCAACGAUUCGAAGUUUAUGAGUUCAUAUAACGACCUCAAGUUAAUAUACAAUAAUAAAGGGUUCAUACCCAAAUAUUUAUAGAUAUUAGGUAGAUUUCUUGAUACAUAUACACGAUCUGGUCAAAAGUUAUUGGGUUCAUGUGAACCCUUAGACGUGUGCCUAGCAUUUCUUUCUUCUUUUGGUUGUAGUUAGAUUUUAAGUGAAUGUGGUGCAACCAAGACUUGGUAUUUUUGCAGAUUCCAGUUGGUAGCAUUAUUUAUUUGUUGAGAGUUGACAAAUGCAACUUUCUUCACCUGUGUAUUUUGGUUACUUGUCUUUUGGAGAUCAAGUUGUAAUAUUCAAUCUUUUCACUUGCAGUAAUUAUCCUUAUGAUUUCUGUUC